CAACAUCUUUUUGAGGCAAAUUGUUUUUGCUAUCAAUAAUCCAUUUGAACUUGUUAAAGUAGUUUCAUUAUUCGUAUUUACGAGCUUUCACUUAACGUGUGAUUCGAACAGCAAUUUUUUGUUAUUAUGUUCUAAAGUAUGCCUUUUUAUAAAGUGGAAAUCCAUAAAACAGAAUGGGAAGUGCCGGACAGAUAUCAGAUGCUAACACCAGUUGGAUCUGGUGCUUAUGGACAAGUUUGCUCAGCAUUGGAUACUACAAAUGGUACGAGAGUGGCUAUCAAGAAAUUAGCUAGACCUUUCCAAUCAGCAGUUCAUGCGAAACGCACGUACAGAGAAUUGAGAAUGUUGAGGCAUAUGAAUCACGAAAAUGUUAUUGGUUUGCUUGAUGUAUUUACACCGGCCACUAGUUUAAGAAAUUUUAAUCAGUUAUACUUAGUUACACAUUUAAUGGGUGCAGAUUUAAAUAAUAUUUUAAAAACUCAACGUUUAUCGGACGAACAUGUGCAAUUUUUAGUUUAUCAAAUUUUACGAGGGUUAAAGUAUAUUCAUUCGGCAGGAAUUAUUCAUAGGGACUUGAAGCCUUCUAAUAUCGCGGUCAACGAAGACUGCGAAUUGAAAAUACUUGAUUUCGGUCUCGCCAGACCUACUGAAAAUGAAAUGACAGGGUAUGUGGCUACUCGAUGGUACCGAGCUCCUGAAAUCAUGUUGAACUGGAUGCAUUAUAAUCAGACAGUUGAUAUAUGGUCAGUUGGUUGUAUCAUGGCUGAGUUAUUAACUAGUAGAACGUUAUUCCCAGGCACCGAUCACAUACAUCAAUUGAAUUUAAUUUUGGACUUGUUGGGUACCCCACGUGCGGAAUUUUUGGCCAAAAUUUCUAGCGAAUCGGCCAAGAACUACAUUAAUAAUUUACCGGUGCUGCGGAAAAAAGAUUUCAAAGAAGUGUUUAAAGGUGCUAAUCCUCUUGCCAUUGAAUUACUGGAAUUGAUGUUGGAGCUAGACUCUGAUAAACGUAUAACUGCUGAACAAGCACUUGCUCACCCGUAUUUAGCUCAAUACGCUGACCCCACCGAUGAACCAGUUUCGCCUCCAUAUGAUCAGAGCUUUGAAGCUAUGGAUUUACCAGUUGAGCAAUGGAAAGAGCUUGUUUAUGAAGGAGUUAGAAAUUUCGUACCUCAUAUAGCAUUGCAACCAAAUAACGAUGUUUGAACUAAUUACCCCGGAUGGUUUUUCUAGAUUUACAAGAGAAUUUAUAUUUUAGGUUAAUGCAGCCAUACACGCAUUAUCUGUGAUAUUCUGUUUGAAUAUGUUUACUUAGUCGCAAUAUUACUUACCGUGUACCUACCGGUUUUAUUCGGUUGACGUAAUUUUUCAUGUAUUUUCUGUUUAACUCUUUAAUUUGAAUGAAAUAUAUUUUCACUUGCUCAUUAAUUAAAAGUGAUUUGCCAUUGUA